GCUUAUAUAGGUUGCUCAAAUUGUUAAAUUUACAUUAAUAGGGUUUCCAACAAUUCCGCGAAAGAAGGCAGAUCGAAAGUUGUCUUUCCUGCCAUCUACCGGUUUGCAAAUUCAACUAGAAAGAAAGUCGAUGUGACAGAGAGAUGGUGUCAGAAUGGGUAAACUGCAUGGAUAAAAGACCUAUAGAUCGUACAGAGGAAGAUAUAGAGUUAAUAUACAACAGACUAAGAGAGAUAAAAGCGUUUGAACAUAUUCAGUCCACUCUACUGCAACAGAUGUGUUAUUAUGGCUAUUACGAAGAUUUGGACAAAGGAAUAACACUGUUUCGACAAGGCGACAGAGGUGCUAACUGGUAUGCUGUGUUAGCGGGUUCUUUAGACGUGCAAACUUCCCAGACGGGCAAUGGACGGGACUCCGUUACACUUUGUACUCUGGGUGUCGGAACUGCUUUUGGCGAGGACAUUCUUGACAACAGACCACAUAGAGCAACUGUUGUAACGAAUGAACGUUGUGAAUUAUUACGUAUUGAACAAAAGGACUUUCUACAGCUAUGGGAG